AUGUCCGCCAACACUGUAAUGGGCAUUAUAUUCAGUCUUGUCCCCUUCAGAUAUCAACAAAAACCAGUAGAAGAUGCCACUCUUAAUGACUUUCAAAUAAGAAACACUACACCUCAUCCUUUUAAAUUACGAUUCGUAACACCAUCACCAUCACCAUCACCAAGUUUUUCACCACCUUCUAUGACAGAAGAAAUCUAG